AUGCCUGCCCGACGGCUCCUCACCCGCAUCUCGACCUUGGCGACGCGCUUCGCUGUUUCUUGGGGCCUACCAGGCUCGGGCGCCGUGUGCGACGUUGAGACGGCCAUGUCCAAGGGAGUGGUGUCGGCGAGGGGGAGGGGAGGGGAGGAGGAGAAGUACCAAGCUUUGGCCGGUGCCGGGUCUGCCGUGAUGCUAUUUAUAAAGCGCCUUGGCACAGCGAGCGUCUACAGGUGUCGUCGGUGGACCUCAGCUGCGCCACUGUCAAUACUCGGGCUCGACGACGAAUUCAGCCCUGGCGACUCAGCUGUGUCUUCACCUGUGUGGGUACACUGCCAUACAAGCAGACCAAAUAAUGCCACUGACAAAGGCAGAGAGAGUUUGGAGAGCUCCACGAGUGAACUGCAAUCACCACUCGCAACCCCAAUCCGAUGGCAUACGGACCAUACUCUGGAUUCACCCAACGCUGCGGGGGGCUCUAGUCGACAUGCUUACGCUUGUCACGCACAAAGAAUGCUCCGCAGCCACGGACCAAAACGGCGUAGCGCAGCACAUCCAUCGUAUCCCUGA